AUGCUUUUUGCUCCUCCCAAUUUUUCGGAAACUAGAGAGUUGUUUUGGAUUAUAUACAUUCUAAUCCUUAUACCAAAGUUUUUUGCUAAAGUAAUGUCAGUAAGAGAAUUAUUUCCAUUUUUUAAAUGGGGUUUUAAUAUAAGAAGAUCAAAUUUUUUAGUACCAAUUCUUUCAAAUAAUGUUAUUGUUACUGGUGAAGAGGCAGUCCAAUAUGAAAAACCAUUACCAUAUAAAGAUUUACCACCACAAAUACAGCGUAAUUUAGAACAAAAAGAAUAUAUAAUACAAAAUGAUAAUAAUAAUAAAAAUAAUAAUAUUUCGACAUCACCAAAUUUAGAAUCAACUUCAACUAUACCACAAAUUACACCAGAGUCAACACCAACUUUAAAAUCCACCAAAGUUCCAACCAAAGAACUUUCAAACCUUGAGAUUUUAGAAAAAGUUGAAAAGGGCGAAAUUUUAGCAUAUAAAUUAGAAAGUGAAUUAGGUGAUUGCACACGUGCAGUUGAAAUUAGACGUUUACUUUUAGAAAAACAAUUACAAAAGAAACUAGAGACAUUACCAUAUCAACAAUAUGACUUUGGUAAAGUUCAAGGUCAAUGUUGCGAAAAUGUUAUUGGUUAUGUACCAAUUCCAGUCGGUGCAGCUGGACCAAUUCUUUUAAAUGGUCAAAUGGUUACUAUCCCAAUGGCAACAACUGAAGGUUGCUUAGUCGCCUCUACACAUCGUGGUUGUAAGGCAAUUAGCGAAUCUGGUGGUUCAAGAUGUUCAAUUACAAGUCGUGGUAUGACUAGAGCUCCAGUUGUUCGUUUUAGUGAUAUCGUCAAAGCUGCAGAGUUUGUCAAUUGGAUUAAUUCACCAGAAAACUAUGGCACCCUCAAAGAAGUAUUUGAUUCAACCUCUCGUUUUGCUCGUCUUUCAAAUAUUAAAUGCACUGUAGCUGGUCGUUCAGUAUAUAUCCGUUUCAAAUGUGAUACUGGUGAUGCCAUGGGUAUGAACAUGGUUUCAAAAGGUGUCGAGGCUGUUUUAGAUCUCUUAAAGUCACUUUUUGAUGAUAUGGCCCUUCUCAGUGUAUCUGGUAAUAUGUGCACCGAUAAAAAACCAUCAUCAAUAAAUUGGAUCGAAGGUAGAGGCCGUAGUGUAGUCUGCGAAGCUUUAAUUACUGGUGAUGUAGUACAAAAGGUAUUAAAAACAAGUGUUCAAGCAUUGGUAGAUUUAAAUAUUGCUAAAAACUUAGUGGGCUCAGCUAUGGCUGGUUCCAUUGGUGGCUUCAACGCUCAUGCUUCAAAUAUUGUAACCGCUGUCUUUUUAGCCACCGGUCAAGAUUGUGCUCAAAAUGUCGAGUCAUCAAAUUGUAUCACUCAGAUGGAAGCUUGCAAUGAUGGUCAAGACCUUUAUAUGACCGUUACUAUGCCUUCAAUCGAAGUUGGUACUGUUGGUGGAGGUACAUCACUCCCAGCCCAAGCAUCAUGCUUAGAUAUUAUUGGUGUUAGAGGUUCUAUUGCUGGUAAACCAGGUGCUAAUGCUGAUCAAUUGGCCAAAACCAUUUGUGCUGCAGUUAUGGCUGGUGAACUUUCUUUAAUGGCUGCUUUAUCUGCUGGUCACUUAAUGAAAUCUCAUUUACAAUUAAACAGAGCUAAAUCACCACCAUCAACAAAUUAA